UGCGCAGUUCGAAAUUCCACCUGGUUCCAUGAGUUUGGGAGAGUGUGUGACACUCUGCACGUAGCGCAGCGGAACCCCCCGCCACCAGAUUGCGAGGAGAAGAGCGGUGCAACCUCUCGGAUAAAGCCCAGCUUCACACCAGAGGCAUCGUAAACACAGAAGAGUUCUCCAUCCAUGCUGAGCUCCUCAUUAGCGGCACCAGAGCGACAUCUGGAUCGAUUCACUGAUUCUCUGCGCGGCGACGGCCUGAAAGGAUGGGUUUGUGUUGGUUCCUGUUGAGUUUCCUCUUCCAUUCUCUGUACGCCCGCAAUGACUUCUUCACUUCUAUAGGUCAGAUGACAGACCUGCUGUACACAGAGAAGGACCUGGUGACAUCACUGAAAGAAUACAUCAGACAGGAGGAGAACAGACUAGAGCAGGUCAAAAAAUGGGCAGACAAACUGGACUCACUGACAAACACAGCCACGCAGGACCCUGAGGGAUUCCUGGGGCACCCGGUCAAUGCCUUCAAGCUGGUGAAAAGACUCAACAGUGAGUGGGGUGAUCUGGAGAGCCUGGUGCUGAAAGACACCACCAACGGGUUUAUCUCUAAUCUAACCAUGCAGAGACAGUUUUUCCCAACAGAAGAGGACCAGACAGGAGCAGCCAAAGCUUUGCUUAGAUUACAGGACACAUACCAGCUGUCUGCCAACACCAUCUCUAAUGGAGACUUGCCUGGUGUUGUGCACAAGAGCCGGAUGACAGUGGCCGACUGCUUUGAGCUGGGGAAGAUUGCUUACUCUGAGGCAGAUUACUAUCACACAGAGCUCUGGAUGGCUCAGGCCCUCACACAGCUGGAUGAAGGCGAGGAAUCCACCAUAGAAAAGGUCACAGUCAUGGACUACCUGAAUUAUGCCAUCUACCAGCAGGGGGAACUAGAGCGAGCCCUGGAGCUCACCAAGAGGAUGCUGAAACUGGACCCGAAUCACCAGAGGGCCAAUGGGAACCUAAAGUACUUUGAGUUCCAGCUGGAGAAGCAGAGAAAGGCAGAGGCCGAGAAGAAGGAACAGGACGAUAAAAAAAGAGAAAAGAAAGUGCUGGACAAACGUGACGCUCAGAGGAAACGGUCCAAAGACCCUCUGCCAGAGAGGAAGAAAUAUGAAAUGCUGUGCCGAGGAGAGGGAGUCAAACUGACACCCCGCAGACAGAGCCGACUGUUUUGCCGUUACUUUGACAACAACCGUAACCCGUGGUUGCGUUUGGCUCCGGUAAAGCAGGAAGAUGAAUGGGACCGCCCACGUAUUGUCCGUUAUCAUGACAUCAUCUCUGACAGUGAGAUCAAGACAGUGAAGGAGUUGGCAAAACCCAGACUCCGUAGGGCUACUAUAUCCAAUCCCAUCACGGGCGUGCUUGAGACCGCCCCGUACAGGAUCAGUAAGAGUGCUUGGCUGUAUGAAUAUGAGCAUUCUACAAUUGAAAAGAUUAACCAACGUAUCGAGGAUGUAACAGGCCUGGAAAUGGACACAGCAGAAGAGCUGCAGGUUGCAAAUUAUGGAGUUGGUGGUCAGUACGAGCCUCAUUUUGACUUUGGAAGAAAAGAUGAACCAGAUGCCUUUAAAGAACUGGGAACAGGAAACAGAAUUGCCACUUGGCUCUUUUAUAUGAGUGACGUGUCAGCAGGGGGCGCUACAGUCUUCCCAGAUGUUGGAGCAGCAGUGUGGCCUAAAAAGGGUACUGCAGUAUUCUGGUAUAACCUUUUUGCCAGUGGAGAAGGAGACUACAGCACAAGACAUGCUGCCUGUCCAGUAUUAGUAGGCAAUAAAUGGGUAUCGAACAAAUGGAUACAUGAACGAGGUCAAGAAUUCAGACGGCCCUGUGCAAUGUCCGAGAUGGAAUGAUAACUUCCUUUCUUCUUUUAUUUCCUGUUUAGUGUCAGGUUGUCAGUUUUGGUCAGUAUGGAAUGUGUGUCUGUACAAGGAGUGAAUGACUAUGCAUCUGUCUGUGCAGUUUUUCUAUUGUUGUGCCCUUCUACCCAAAUAUUGAAAUGUUGAGGUUUCUGGGCAGCACAUGCUGUGACUGUAAGCACCGUGAAUAUGCAGAGAUCCAAUCAAACGAUUUAUUUUAGUUAUUUAUUUAGGAUUGAUUUUUAACUCCAUGUUUCUUUUGCACUUUCUUUUCUUGUCUUAAACUCCAACAGACCUCUAUUUAAAAAAAAAGUUACUUGAGUCUUUCAUUUAAACCACUGAACACUCCAUAAUCAUUAAUGUAAUUGUUACAGGGAACAUAGCAAACUGAAAGACCAAACUUUUGAGACCAAAAGAUCUGUUACAAAAAUAUGUUUUACGAAUCCCUGAAACACAUACAGAAGUACCAAAGAGUAUUUUCUUCAAUCCUGAGGCCAAUGCAAACAACUUUAAGUUGUAUUUGUUCUCUCUUUCUCUUUUUUUGUACUUGUGCGUAUGGACGUGUGAUAGUUUUAUACAGAAAUAAAUUCUAUGCUUCGA